AUGCCUUCUCUUAAAAAAUUCAUACAACAAGGAGAUUUAUCUUCCCUUCGCAACUAUUUAAAUGCUCUUCCGCUUGAAAAGGCACGUCGAAUAAUAAAUACUCCGGAUAAUCAUGGAGACACCCUCGUGCAUUUUGCUGCUCGAUAUCACAAGAAAGAUAUUUUAUCUUUUUUGAUUGAAGAUAUGGGAGGUUACGCCAUGGCGGUCAAUAAACAUGGCCGUCAACCACUUUAUGAAGCUAUUGAUAAUUUUGAGUGUGUAAAGUAUUUAUGUGAACAAAAUGUUGACAUCGAUUGUAUGAAACGUGGCGAUUGGACUCCGUUGAUGACCGCGUCAAUGAAAGGUAACCUCAAUAUUGUGAAAGAAUUAGUUAAACAUGGAGUUAAUGUAGAUUUCCUAAAUAAAGAUGGUCAUUUAGAUAUUGUAAUGUAUUUACAUAAUAUAUCACCUACUUUGUCAACAACAUCAAGUAAUUCGGGAAAACUACCAAUUCAUACAGCAGCACAAUGUAAUCAUUCUGAAAUAGUUUUCCAACUACUUUCAUCAACACAUAAUGAAGAAACCAAACGAUAUUUAUUAGUGUCGACCGAUAAUGGAGGAACAAAUCUUUUGCAAAAUUCUGUAACUUGUGGAAAUCUACAAAUGGUAAAGAGGUUAGUUGAUGAAUAUGAUGUUAAAAUCGAUCAUAAAGAUAAGCUUGGCAGGGAAGCUAUUCAUCUUGCAGCAAUGAUUGGAAAUGAGGAAAUGAUAAGAUUCUUAUUAGAAAAAGGUGCUAACCUUAAUGUACAAGAUUAUUCGGAUAAAUUUACUCCAUUACAUCAUGCAGCUAAAGAAGGAUAUAUAAAUGUAGUCAAGUACUUGGUUAAUACGUGUCAUGCCAAUACUGAUAUUAAAGAUCAUCAUGAAAGAACUGUAAAAGAUGUUGCUAUUUUAUGGAAUAGACAAGAUAUAGCAGACAUUUUGAAAUAA